AUGCUCUUGCUGGCAGCGCUGUUGUCCUUUUUCUUUCCACUCUUAUUUCUGUUUGUUCUUGUCUUCCCAUCCAACGGAACAAGAACGCACUAUCAAGGGCUUGGUCAUCCCAAGCCCUCCAAAUCCCAGCGACAGCGACAAAAGCCCACCCUCUUAUUUACGAUAAGCAGUGUUGCUAAGAAUCCGCUUCAUGUCCUCGUCGUCGCUGCUGAUGUCGAUGACCUCGCGAAUGGGCCGCUGCUGGGAAUAGUCACAAAGUCCGGCACCAGGAGCCGUGCGUGUAGCGACUAA